ACAACUACUGCACCAACCACGACAACUACUGCCCCAACCACGACAACUACUGCCCCAACCACGACAACUACUGCUCCAACCACAACUACUGCCCCAACUACAACUACUACGGCACCAACCACUACGACUGCUCCAACAACUACAACUACUGCCCCAACUACAACAACCACUGCCCCAACUACAACAACCACUGCACCAACCACAACCACUACUGUUCCAACCACAACAACUACUGCCCAAACCACAACUACUACAGCUCCAACCACAACAACUACUGCCCCAACCACCACAACUACUGCACCAACCACGACAACUACUGCCCCAACCACAACUACUACUGCCCCAACCACAACUACUACUGCACCAACCACAACCACUACUGCUCCAACCACAACAACUGCCCAAACCACAACUACUACAGCUCCAACCACAACAACUACUGCACCAACCACGACAACUACUGCUCCAACCACAACAACUACUGCCCCAACUACAACUACUACAGCUCCAACCACAACAACUACUGCACCAACCACGACAACUACUGCCCCAACUACUACUGCACCAACCACUACAACUGCUCCAACCACUACAACUACUGCCCCAACUACAACAACCACUGCCCCAACUACAACAACCACUGCACCAACCACAACCACUACUGCUCCAACCACAACAACUACUGCCCAAACCACAACUACUACAGCUCCAACCACAACAACUACUGCCCCAACCACCACAACUACUGCCCCAACCACAACUACUACUGCUCCAACCACAACAACUACUGCACCAACCACAACUACUACUGCAUCAACUACAACAACUACUGCACCAACCACGACAACUACUGCCCCAACCACAACUACUACUGCACCAACUACAACAACUACUGCACCAACCACAACUACUACUGUUCCAACGACAACUACUGCACUAACCACUACAACUACUGCUCCAAUCACAACUACUGCCCCAACCACAACUACUACUGCACCAACCACGACAACUACUGUCCCAACCACAACUACUGCACCGACCACAACUACUGUCCCAACCACAACUACUGCUCCAACCACAACUACUGCACCAACCACAACAACUACUACACUAACCACGACAACUACUGCCCCAACCACAACAACUACUGCCCCAACCACAACUACUACUGCUCCAACCACAACUACUGCCCCAACCACAACUACUACUGCUCCAACCACAACUACUACUGCACCUACCACAACUACUGCAUCAACCACAACAACUACUGCUCCAACCACAACUACUGCACCGACCACAACAACUACUGCAUCAACCACGACAACUACUGCUCCAACCACAACUACUGCACCGACCACAACAACUACUGUCCCAACCACAACUACUGCUCCAACUACAACUACUGCACCAACCACAACAACUACUACACCAACCACGACAACUACUGCCCCAACCACAACUACUACUGCACCGACCACAACAACUACUGCCCCAACCACAACUACUACUGCUCCAAUCACAACAACUACUGCCCCAACUACAACUACUAUGGCACCAACCACAACAACUACUGCCCCAACCACAAGUACUUCUGCCCCAACCACAACUACUAAUGCUCCAACCACAACUGCCCAAACCACAACUACUACAGCUCCAACCACAACAACUACUGCCCCAACCACCACAACUACUGUCCCAACCACAACUACUACUGCUCCAACCACAACAACUACUGCUCCAACCACAACAACUACUGCACCAACCACGACAACUACUGCACCAACAACUACUACUGCCCCAACCACAACUACUACAGCUUCAACCACAACAACUACUGCCCCAACCACAACUACUACAGCUCCAACCACAACAACUACUGCCCCAACCACAACAACUACUGCUCCAACCACAACAACUACUGCCCCAACCACAACUACUACUGCACCAACUACAACAACUACUGCACCAACCACGACAACUACUGCCCCAACCACAACUACUACUGCACCAACCACAACCACUACUGCUCCAACCACAACAACUACUGCCCAAACCACAACUACUACAGCUCCAACCACAACAACUACUGCCCCAACCACCACAACUACUGCCCCAACCACAACUACUACUGCUCCAACCACAACAACUACUGCUCCAACCACAACAACUACUGCACCAACCACGACAACUACUGCACCAACAACUACUACUGCCCCAACCACAACUACUACAGCUCCAACCACAACAACUACUGCCCCAACCAAAACUACUACAGCUCCAACCACAACAACUACAGCCCCAACCACAACAACUACUGCUCCAACCACAACAACUACUGCCCCAACCACAACUACUACUGCACCAACUACAACAACUACUGCACCAACCACGACAACUACUGCCCCAACCACAACUACUACUGCACCAACUACAACUACGACAACUACUGCACCGACCACAACUACUGUCCCAACCACAACUACUGUCCCAACCACAACUACUGCUCCAACCACAACUACUGCACCAACCACGACAACUACUACACCAACCACGACAACUACUGCCCCAACCACGACAACUACUGCCCCAACCACAACUACUACUGCACCGACAACAACAACUACUGCCUCAACCACAACUUCCACUGCUCCUACCACAACAACUACUGCUCCAACCACAACUACUGCUCCAACCACAACUACUGCACCGACCACAACUACUACUGCCCCAACCACAACAACUACUACACCAACCACGACAACUACUGCCCCAACCACAACAACUACUGCCCCAACUACAACUGCACCAACCACAACAAAUACUGCCCCAACCACAACUACUACUGCUCCAACCACAACUACUACUGCAACAACCACAACUACUGCUCCAACCACAACAACUACUGCCCCAACCACAACUACUACUGCUCCAACCACAACUACUACUGCACCAACCACAACUACUCCAUCAACCACAACAACUACUGCCCCAACCACAACUACUACUGCUCCAACCACAACUACUACUGCACCAACCACAACUACUCCAUCAACCACAACAACUACUGCCCCAACCACAACUACCACUGCUCCUACCACAACAACCACUGCUCCAACCACAACAACUACUGCCCCAACUACAACUACUACUGCACCAACCACAACUACUGCACCAACCACAACAACUACAGCCCCAACCACAACUACUACUGCACCAACCACAACAACUACUGCCCCAACCACAACUACCACUGCUCCUACCACAACAACUACUUCUCCAACCACAACUACUGCUCCAACCACAACUACUACUACUACUGCUCCAACCACAACAACUGCAUCGACCAUAACAACUACUACUACAACCACAACUACUGCUCCAACCACAACUACUGCACCGACCACAACAACUACUGUCCCUACCACAACUACUGCUCCAACCACAACUACUGCACCGACCACAACAACUACUACACCAACCACGACAACUACUGCCCUAACCACAACAACUACUGCUCCAACCACAACAACUACUGCCCCAACCACAACUACUACUGCUCCAACCACAACUACUACUGCACCAACGACAACUACUCCAUCAACCACACCAACUACUGCCCCAACCACAACUACUACUGCUCCAACCACAACUACUACUGCACCAACCACAACUACUCCAUCAACCACAACAACUACUGCCCCAACCACAACUACCACUGCUCCUACCACAACAACUACUGCUCCAACCACAACAACUACUGCCCCAACUACAACUACUACUGCUCCUACCACAACAACUACUUCUCCAAACACAACUACUACAACAACUACUGCUCCAACCACAACAACUACUGCCCCAACCACAACUACUACUGCACCAACUACAACAACUACUGCACCAACCACGACAACUACUGCCCCAACCACAACUACUACUGCACCAACUACAACUACUACUGCACCAACCACAACUACUACUGUUCCAACGACAACUACUGCACUAACCACUACAACUACUGCUCCAAUCACAACAACUACUGCCCCAACCACAACUACUACUGCACCAACCACGACAACUACUGUCCCAACCACAACUACUGCACCGACCACAACUACUGUCCCAACCACAACUACUGCUCCAACCACAACUACUGCACCGACCACAACUACUGUCCCAACCACAACUACUGCUCCAACCACAACUACUGCACCAACCACAACAACUACUACACUAACCACGACAACUACUGCCCCAACCACAACAACUACUGCCCCAACUACAACUGCACCAACCACAACAACUACUGCCCCAACCACAACUACUACUGCUCCAACCACAACAACAACUGCUCUAACCACAACAACUACUGCCCCAACCACAACUACUACUGCUCCAACCACAACUACUACUGCACCUACCACAACUACUGCAUCAACCACAACAACUACUGCCCCAACCACAACUACUACUGCUCCAACCACAACAACUACUGCUCCAAUCACAACAACUACUGCCCCAACUACAACUACUAUUGCACCAACCACAACUACUGCACCAACCACAACAACUACUGCCCCAACUAUAACAACUACAGCCCCAACCACAACUACUACUGCACCAACCACAACAACAACUGCCCCAACCACAACUACCACUGCUCCUACCACAACAACUACUGCUCCAACCACAACUACUGCUCCAACCACAACUACUGCAUCAACCACGACAACUACUGCUCCAACCACAACUACUGCACCGACCACAACAACUACUGUCCCAACCACAACUCCAACCACAACUACUACUGCACCGACAACAACAACUACUGCCUCAACCACAACUUCCACUGCUCCUACCACAACAACUACUGCUCCAACCACAACUACUGCUCCAACCACAACUACUGCACCGACCACAACUACUACUGCCCCAACCACAACAACUACUACACCAACCACGACAACUACUGCCCCAACCACAACAACUACUGCCCCAACUACAACUGCACCAACCACAACAAAUACUGCCCCAACCACAACUACUACUGCUCCAACCACAACUACUACUGCAACAACCACAACUACUGCUCCAACCACAACAACUACUGCCCCAACCACAACUACUACUGCUCCAACCACAACUACUACUGCACCAACCACAACUACUCCAUCAACCACAACAACUACUGCCCCAACCACAACUACUACUGCUCCAACCACAACUACUACUGCACCAACCACAACUACUCCAUCAACCACAACAACUACUGCCCCAACCACAACUACCACUGCUCCUACCACAACAACCACUGCUCCAACCACAACAACUACUGCCCCAACUACAACUACUACUGCACCAACCACAACUACUGCACCAACCACAACAACUACAGCCCCAACCACAACUACUACUGCACCAACCACAACAACUACUGCCCCAACCACAACUACCACUGCUCCUACCACAACAACUACUUCUCCAACCACAACUACUGCUCCAACCACAACUACUGCACCGACCACAACAACUACUGCAUCAACCACGACAACUACUGCACCGACCACAACUACUGUCCCAACCACAACUACUGUCCCAACCACAACUACUGCUCCAACCACAACUACUGCACCAACCACAACAACUACUACACCAACCACGACAACUACUGCCCCAACCACGACAACUACCGCCCCAACCACAACUACUACUACAACUACUGCCCCAACUACAACUACUACUGCACCAACCACAACUACUGCACCAACCACAACAACUACAGCCCCAACCACAACUACUACUGCACCAACCACAACAACUACUGCCCCAACCACAACUACCACUGCUCCUACCACAACAACUACUUCUCCAACCACAACUACUGCUCCAACCACAACUACUGCACCGACCACAACAACUACUGCAUCAACCACGACAACUACUGCACCGACCACAACUACUGUCCCAACCACAACUACUGUCCCAACCACAACUACUGCUCCAACCACAACUACUGCACCAACCACAACAACUACUACACCAACCACGACAACUACUGCCCCAACCACGACAACUACUGCCCCAACCACAACUACUACUGCACCGACAACAACAACUACUGCCUCAACCACAACUUCCACUGCUCCUACCACAACAACUACUGCUCCAACCACAACUACUGCUCCAACCACAACUACUGCACCGACCACAACUACUACUGCCCCAACCACAACAACUACUACACCAACCACGACAACUACUGCCCCAACCACAACAACUACUGCCCCAACUACAACUGCACCAACCACAACAAAUACUGCCCCAACCACAACUACUACUGCUCCAACCACAACUACUACUGCAACAACCACAACUACUGCUCCAACCACAACAACUACUGCCCCAACCACAACUACUACUGCUCCAACCACAACUACUACUGCACCAACCACAACUACUCCAUCAACCACAACAACUACUGCCCCAACCACAACUACUACUGCUCCAACCACAACAACUACUGCUCCAAUCAUAACAACUACUGCCCCAACUACAACUACUACUGCACCAACCACAACUACUGCACCAACCACAACUACUGCUCCAACCACAACUACUGCACCGACCACAACUACUACUGCCCCAACC